CAGAACGAAUUGGUUCUGUCGCUCGUGCCUGGAGAGGUACAUGCAAGGAGCAGUUCGGAGCUUUGGGGGCCGAAUCCGCUUCAGCAUUUGAGCCUGGAAGAGGCGAGCGGGAAGGAAUGCCAGCAGAAAUCCUGCCAAGAUAGGACUCUGGAGCCCCCUCUUCUUGCUGUGGCCCACUGGCAGGGCUCUGGUGAAAAUAGGUAGCCGUGGCUAUCGCCUGUCUGCUGAGUGGAUGCAGCAAUUGAACGAGGCCCUGGUUCUUACAUCCUCUUCUCAUAUUUGAGGCUCUGCUCAACCCCCGUUGACUUGACUGGCUCUGUGAUCGUCUACUAAGCUGUGGGCAGAUCUUUCCUUCCUUCAAAGGCUGGGAGCGCUCCUCCUGUUCUGUCUCAAGCAUGUAUUCCCAAUAAGAGGGCCCAAUUCUGUUUCUGUACUGAUCCUUUAAAGCAAUUUAGCCCUCUCUGGAAGAUGGCUGAACGUUCUGCAUUUUCCUCCUCCACCUCCUCUUUGUCUCCUUCUACAGCGUUUUCCACUUCCAUACCGGAGCCCCGGCUUGCCUCAGUCCACGGCGAGGAGCUCUGCUAUCCCAUACCGUCAGGCACAAAUCACAUCAACAUCAUCUUGUUCCAUUACAACUUCACAGGGAGGAUGCAGAACCGCCGUCCCCAGGAAGACAAGAUGACCGUUCUCAAGAUGGUAAUCAUUGCUGCCAGCUGCCUCAUUGUUUUAGAGAACCUGGUGGUGCUGGUGGCCAUCAUCCGGAAGGUGCGCGCCCACCGGUGGGUCUACUCAUGCCUGGCAAGCAUCACCCUCAGCGACCUGCUGGCCGGAGUGGCCUAUCUGACCAAUCUCUGCUUGUCUGGGAGCAGAACCUUCCAGCUGUCGCCCAAGAUGUGGUUCCUUCGCGAGGGGGUCCUCUUUGUGGUCUUGGCAGCCUCCACCUUCAGCCUGCUGGUGACGGCCAUCGAGCGCUACAGCGCCAUGGUGAGGCCCAUCGCCGAGAACGAGACCAGCAAGACGAUUCGCUUGAGGGGUCUGAUACUCUUCUGCUGGGGCCUGGCCAUCCUUAUCGGCCUUCUGCCCUUACUGGGCUGGAACUGCAUUUGCAAGGUGCCCACUUGCUCCACACUCUUGCCCCUCUACGCCAAGAACUACAUCCUCUUCUGCGUGGUCAUGUUCAGCAUCAUCUUAGUGGGCGUUGUGGGCCUCUACGCCUCCAUCUACUGCUGGGUCCAGAAAAGCGCCAAGCAAGCCGUUUCCAGGUGCGGACGCAAGAGAUCGAUGCGGUUGCUGAAGACGGUGCUGUUGAUCCUUUUCACUUUCCUCAUAUGCUGGAUCCCGCUCUUUGUCUUCCUCCUGAUAGACAUCUUUUGGGUGAACAAGACCUGGGCGCUCCAUAAAGCCUUUGGCUGGAUCCUCACCUUGGCCGUAACCAACUCCCUCCUGAACCCCAUCAUCUACUCUUUAGGGAGCAAGGAGGUGAGGAGAGCUGUCGUGGAGCUUCUCUGCUGCUGCUGUAUCUGGGCUGGGUUGCCCGGCCCCCGCAAUUGCCUCAUUGCCAGCGAUGUCCAUUUGGGCUCUUCCACGGGAACACAGAGCUCCUUGAAGAUGCGAGAGAGCUUCCGUAGUUCAAUGGUCCUCAACAGGAGACUCAGAGAGCCCCUCUCCAGCAAUUCAAGCAUGAUGAGUAAUGACACUUCGGGACUGCAACACACUCUGGACUAGAAACCAGACACUUCUCCCACACUGUAUGCUGGACUGGAAUUGGGACUCUUCUCCUGCAACACACUCUGGACUAGAAACCGGACUCUUCUUCAGCAACACAUUGUGGACUAGAAUUUUGACUCUUCUUCUGCACCAUACUCUAGACUAGAAGCCUGUAUCUUCUGGGCAUGAGAAUCCUCAAAACUAGCCUAAAAAACGUUCUAUUGCUUCAGAUGUUCAGAGGAAGACCAGAAAACUCAACCAAGGCAACAGUGUUCUUGUUCUGGUGUUCCAUGCAUGGGUGUUUUUUCACAUUGAUUUUUUUUUAAAAAAAAUGCACACACACACACACACACACAUAUAUAUAUAUAUACAAAUCUGAACAAGAAAAAUAUCCUUCUUUAAUUCUGAUUUUUCUGCUGAACCAUAGCUAAGGAAGCUUAGCUAUGUAUGGGUCAAUGCAAUGGAUGCUUGUCCAACAGGGCAGCACCUUGCCAACCUCAGUGUGCCCGCAGCCAGCCCCCAUCUGCCUGCCUGCUUGUUUACUUUCAACGAAGUCCAAGAGUUGGAAAAAGCACUUUCCUCCCAACUCCGUCUCAGUGUUACCCUUGUAGAACUCAACAGGGGGGGGGGGGAAACAAGAAUGGAGUUGGCUCCACUUGUCAUUGGAUAUGUCUCCGCUUACUAUUGGGCUCCCUGCUUUCCGCCGCACCAGUCCCAAAUGGGCACCAGCCACCUCUGGCCCAAUGCAACCUCUGAUAUCAAUGAUCAGAACCAGUGGAUUGCCUCCGAUGUUAGUCAAUGGAAUGCUUUCAAGUCAAUCCUAACUUAGGGUGACCCUCUGAAUAGGGAUUUCAUGGUAAGCGGUAUUCAGAGGGGGUUUCCCAUUGCCUCGCUUUGCAGCUAGUCCUCCCCAGCUGGCUAGGGCCUCCUCAGCUUGCCACCUCUGCACAAGCCAGCCCCUUCCUGUCCGCAACUGCCAGCUGGGGGGCAACUGGGCUCCUGGGGACUAUGCAGCUUGCCCACGGCUGCACAGGUGGCAGGGCACGUCACCCCUGAGCCACUCGCUGUGGGGGUGAUCUUUAGCUGGCCCUUGACACCCAGGAGACACGAGCGGGGAUUUGAACUCACAGACUCUGGACUCCCAGCCAGGCUCUCCUCCCCAUUGUGUUAUACCAGCUGUAGUCUCAGAGGAGAUGCAUUAAAAAUUAAA